UUGUGCCGGCGCGGCGGCGGGCCGGGAGCUGUGGUGCGGACGGCGGCGGGGCUUCGGGCGGAGUAGGAGCCGAACCGGGAGGCGUACGGCUGCCCCGGACCCACAGCCCGCAGCGGCGCCCGUCGGGAGCGCAGCCCAGCCCAGCCAAGCCGCCGGGGAGGAUCGCGCAGUAAUUGGAUUUUAAAAGUUAUUUAAGCCCCGGAGUAAAAUACACGGCUCAGCCGGGCGCGGUAAUAAUCCGUUUAGCCGUAACCUAAACCCCCGGCGCCGGGGCCGCGCAGCCGGGCGGGGAGCAGCGCCUCCGCCUCGCCGCCGCGGGACCCUGCGUGGAGCUGGCCAGAGCCGUCGCUGGGCUUCGCGCGCGUCUCCUGUCUCGCCGCCGCCUUCUCCGGCGGGAGCAGCUCCGGAAACUUUCACCGAGGGAAGCGCCGCCGCGCUGCGAGAGCCGACCCGCCGGAGCCCAGGAAGAAAGUCGCGGAGGUCAGGCGCAGAGCCGCCGCCGCGUCCCUGCCCCGCGGAAGGGGCCCCUCCGCCGCACUCCGGGCGCUGAUGCCCCUGGGGCGCCGCGCCGCCCGGCUCUGAAGGACUCCCCGCGGCUCCCCGGGCCCCCGGCCGCCCCAGCGAUGCGGGCUGGAGGAGGAGGAGGAGGCGGCGGAGCGGCCGCCGCCAGCUGCCCCUUGCUGGGUCUGGCCGCACUGUUGGCCGCCCUGCUGGGGACCCCCGCGGGUGUGGCGGCACAGCAGUACCACGGCGAGAAGGGCAUCUCGGUGCCGGACCACGGCUUCUGCCAGCCCAUCUCCAUCCCGCUCUGCACGGAUAUCGCCUACAACCAAACCAUCCUGCCCAACCUGCUGGGCCACACCAACCAGGAGGACGCGGGGCUGGAGGUGCACCAGUUCUACCCGCUGGUCAAGGUGCAGUGCUCGCCCGAGCUCAAGUUCUUCCUCUGCUCCAUGUACGCGCCGGUGUGCACCGUGCUGGAGCAGGCCAUCCCGCCCUGCCGCUCCCUCUGCGAGCGGGCCCGCCAGGGCUGCGAGGCCCUCAUGAACAAGUUUGGCUUCCAGUGGCCAGAGCGGCUCCGCUGCGAGAACUUCCCCGUCCAUGGCGCAGGUGAGAUCUGCGUGGGGCAGAACACAUCGGACGCCCCACCGGGGCCUGGCGGUGCAGCAGGCCGGGGGGCCACUGCCCACCCCACGGCUGGCUAUCUUCCCGACUUCCUCACCCCACCGCAGCCCCCCUCCGGCUUCUCCUUCUCCUGCCCCCGGCAGCUCAAAGUGCCCCCUUACUUGGGCUACCGGUUCCUGGGGGAGCGGGACUGCGGGGCCCCCUGUGAGCCAGCCCGGCCCAACGGGCUCAUGUACUUCAAGGAGGCAGAGGUGCGAUUUGCCCGGCUGUGGGUGGGCGUGUGGUCUGUGCUCUGCUGCGCCUCCACCCUCUUCACCGUGCUCACCUACCUGGUGGACAUGCGCCGUUUCAGCUACCCAGAGCGGCCCAUCAUCUUCCUCUCAGGCUGCUACUUCAUGGUAGCAGUGGCCUACGCAGCAGGUUUCUUGCUGGAGGAGCGGGUGGUGUGUCUGGAGCGCUUCUCCGAGGACGGCUACCGCACUGUGGCCCAAGGCACCAAGAAAGAAGGCUGCACCAUCCUCUUCAUGAUCCUCUACUUCUUCGGCAUGGCCAGCUCCAUCUGGUGGGUCAUCCUCUCCCUCACCUGGUUCCUGGCUGCUGGCAUGAAGUGGGGCCAUGAGGCCAUCGAGGCCAACUCCCAGUAUUUCCACCUGGCUGCCUGGGCUGUGCCUGCUGUCAAAACCAUCACCAUCUUGGCCAUGGGGCAGGUGGAUGGGGAUGUACUCAGUGGGGUAUGUUACGUAGGUAUCUACAGUGUGGACUCGCUGCGGGGCUUUGUGCUGGCACCCUUGUUUGUGUACCUCUUCAUUGGCACUUCCUUCUUGCUUGCUGGCUUCGUGUCCUUGUUUCGCAUCCGCACCAUCAUGAAGCAUGACGGCACCAAGACGGAGAAACUGGAGAAGCUGAUGGUGCGCAUUGGUGUCUUCAGUGUCCUCUACACGGUGCCUGCCACCAUUGUCCUGGCGUGCUACUUCUAUGAGCAGGCCUUCCGUGGCACCUGGGAGAAGACGUGGCUCCUCCAGACCUGCAAAACCUAUGCCGUGCCCUGUCCCAGUCACUUUGCCCCUAUGAGCCCGGACUUCACGGUCUUCAUGAUCAAGUACCUCAUGACCAUGAUUGUUGGUAUCACAACUGGCUUCUGGAUCUGGUCUGGCAAAACCCUUCAGUCCUGGCGACGCUUCUACCACAGACUCAGCACCGGCAGCAAAGGCGAGACGGCAGUAUGAGACCCCAGUGUCCCCUCUGGCGCGCACACACACACACGCAUGCAUGCACACACACAGAGGAGAGGGGUACUCGGCAGAAGAGGAAGGCAAUGGCUCCCUGAAGAGGGAGGAAGGGAGGCUUUUCCAAACUUUUUCUUCCUCCCAGAGGGUUUGAAAACAAAAAAAAUAAUUAAUCUUUGCAUAAAGGAUCGGAUGGACUCUGUCCAGUGGUGCUUAUGCCCAGAUAAGUGGAAAAGCACAGAAAAAGAGGCCACUGGCAGGAUGGGAGAAUCCUUCACCUGCAAGAAGUCCCCCCCUUCUCUCUCCCACUACUCCUGUGCAGGAAAAAAAACACAACCCAACUAAAACCAUCCUGCCUUGCUUUGGCCGAGAGGAAGGGGAAGCCAGAUCUGUUGAGCUGCCCCUGCCGAGAAGCAGCCAAACCCUCUCCGAAUUGCUGGGGUCGAACUGCAGUGCAGGCCCGGUAACUCCUGAGCCUGGGCUUACGGCCGGCUCCCUCCAGCUCGGCGGAGCAACCACUGAGCUCGCUGCAGGUAAAGUCAAUACACAGCCGGCUUCUGGGGACAGGAGGAAUCCUUUUGGCUCCUGGUGGACCCUUUGCCUGCUCCUCGGGUUCCCUGCCCUGCAUGGCAAUGACUCCUGGUGCAGCAGGGAGUUGGGGUUGGGGUGUAAAAGCAAGCAGGUACCGCAAGUGAGGAGCCUUCUCAUUUCAGCUAACAUACAGCUGGUUAAGUUUCCAGUGAUCGUGUCUUGGAAGGAAAGACGUUCAAAAAUUAAUCAUCGAAUGCAUCGUUUUCUUUUUGAAAUGUGACAGAUUUUUCUAUUCUGAAAUUUUUAUGUUGACUUGUUCAUAUUUUAUUUUUUGCAUACUACUUUACCUUUAUAUUCACUGAAGGGUUGUUUUUAUAAGUAUAUGUGUGUGUGUAUAUUCUUGCCUAAGGACAAAAUAGGAAAUUCUGGAUUUUUAGCAAGUCUCCAUGCUAUAGCUGCUCUUCAUAUUUUGGGAGGGAAAAGUGUUUGGAAUGAAACUAAAGAAGAAAAAACCUGUUCGGGAUGAGGGGGCAGACUGCUGCUGUCUGAGGGCGUACCAGUAGUCGGGGCAUGAGGAAUGAGCCCAUCAGCCAAAUCCUUCAGAAGAUCUGAUUUUAGACUUGUAGGGCUUGGGUUUUUGUCUUUUAUAAUGUGCACGUGGAAGAAAAACAAAAACGUGUAAGACAAGUGCAGUAUGUAUAUUUUGUAAAUCUCGGUUUUGUAAGAAAAAUAUGUAUUUAUGUUUUUACUUGAUUUUUUUUUGAAGGUCUGUAUGAGGCCCUGCUUCAUCCCAUGUACA